AUGGGAUUCAAAAAAGCGGACUUCGACCCUUGUGUUUUUAUCCACAGAACAGGGAAGGUUGUCAUCCCUAUCUAUGUAGACGAUAUCCUUAUCUUCUACUGGUCCAUUGAACGUAAAAACCGCGUCAGCCUCCAACUCCACGCAGAAUUCGAAAUGACGGAAACUGGCACAGCCAACUGGGCACUCGGGAUCCACGUGAUCCACACUAAAACUGGCGUGAUCCUAUCACAGGAAGCCUAUCUCAAGCGUGUACUCAUUAAAUACAGUUUCGAUGAAUCUAGACCUGUGGCAACACCUAUCGACAAUAAUGUUCACCUACAAAAGGGAACAGAAGCGGAGAAAAUCGACGAUGCAACAAUCUAUAAGUAG